AUGUCGAAGGAGGGAACGGAACUUACAAGACAGAAAACAUUAGAAAAGACAAGCGCAAACAUUUCAGAAUCCAAAGCUGAACAUGUAGGCGCUUUGAAAGUCAACAGACCACAUAUUGAUGCUACCUACGUAGGUUGGAAGCAAUUAGGUGGUUGGGAAGAAAAAGAUGAAUUGACCCCUGAAGAUGAUUUAAUGGAUAUGAGUAAAGAAACCAUAUUGGAUAAUAUUAUACCUGAUACUCUAUAUGGUGAUUGGUAUCAUUCUGUGGGGAUCUUUGCCCUUGGUGGUAUACUAUCCUUUGCCAUUGGGAAAUUUCAUUUCUCAUUUGCUCCUGCAUUUUUCGUGGUACUUAUCACUGGGUUGCUAUACAGAACUUCUAUUAAAAAGUAUAGAGGGUCUAUUAGAGAUUUAGUUCAAAAGGAAAUGACUGUACAAAGAGUAGAGGAUGACUAUGAAACUUUAGAGUGGUUAAAUACCUUGUUAGAUAAAUAUUGGCCAAUUAUUGAACCUAAUGCCUCCCAAAUGGUGGUACAACAAGUUAAUGAAAUCAUAAGAACAAAUCCUUCCAUUCCAACCUUUAUUAAAGCUCUUUGGAUAGAUAAAUUCACUUUAGGUAUUAAACCUCCAAGAGUUGAUCGUGUAAAGACCUUCCAGAAUACAGCUUCGGAUGUCGUUGUCAUGGAUUGGAGUCUUUCUUUUACCCCUCAUGAUUUAUCAGAUAUGAAUGCGAAACAAGUGAGAAAUUAUGUUAAUCAAGGUGUAGUUAUCAAGGCAAAUAUAUUUGGCUUUGUUAUUCCUGUUUCAGUAUCAGAUGUUUCUUUCAAAGCUGACGCAAGACUUCGUUUUAAAUUGAUGACUCCAUUUCCUCAUAUGGAAACUGUUAACAUUCAAUUAUUAGAAGUUCCAGAUAUUGAUUUCGUCGCCUCACUUUUUGGUAACUCCCUUUUCAAUAUGGAAAUAUUGGCUAUUCCUGGCUUAUUGCCAUUAAUACAUAGAAUGGCUUCCAAAUAUAUGGGGCCAAUGUUAUUACCACCUUUCUCGUUACAAUUAAACAUUCCACAAUUAAUAUCUUCUUCUGCAUUAUCUAUUGGUGUUCUUGAAGUUACAAUAAAAAAUGUUAAAGAUAUUAAACGGUCAUCAUCAAUGCUUAAUAUUUCCAUUGAUCCAUAUUUAGCUUUUGAAUUUGGUGGUAAAAGAAUAGCCAAAACAAGAACUGUUAGAGACACAUUGAAUCCCGUAUGGAAUGAAACCAUGUAUAUCCUUUUACAAUCAUUUACUGACCCUUUGACGAUUAGUCUUUACGAUAAGCGUGCUAAAUUGAAAGAUAAAGUAUUGGGAAGAAUUGAAUAUAAUUUAAAUUCUUUACAUGAUAAUGAUAGUCAAAGAAAUGUUCAUGCUAAUUUCUUGAGAAAUUCAAAGCCAAUCGGGGAAAUGAAUUUCGAUUUAAGAUUCUUCCCAACUUUGGUCGCUAAGAGAUUACCUAGUGGUGUCGUUGAAGAAUUACCAGAUUUGAAUACUGGUAUCUCUAAGAUUGUCGUUGAAGAGGUUAGGAUUGUACAAGAUGAACCUGACAAGAAGGUGAACGCUUAUGUUGAGCUAUAUGUCAAUGCAAAACUAGUCUUAACUACAAAAAAAGCAACAUCUGAUGAAGACACUAUCAAAUGGAGUCAAGAUUAUGAAGCUGUUAUAAUGGAUCGUCGUAAGACAAGAUGUAAAUUCGUUAUUAAAAAUGGUGACGAUGACAGUAUUGUAGGUACUUCUGUUCAAACUUUGAACGAUUUGAUUGAUAGAACUCAAAUCGAUAAGAAAUCUAUUCCGUUGAAAGAUGCUAAAGGUGAAUUGACAAUCACUACUCAUUGGAAACCUGUUAGUUUAGAUGUUGGUACCACGUCCAUUGCAUACACUCCACCAAUUGGUGUUGUGAGAGUGUUUGUCGAAAAGGCAACGAAUUUGAAGAAUUUGGAAAAAAUUGGUAAAAUUGAUCCUUAUGCUAAAGUGUUAGUCAAUGGUAUUUCAAAAGGUAGAACUGAUACACAGCCACAAACUUUGAAUCCUGUUUGGGAACAAGCAAUUUAUGUUGCUGUUACUUCAUCCAAUCAAAGGAUUACAAUUGAAUGUAUGGAUGUGGAAACCGUUAAUAAAGAUCGUAGCGUUGGUAAAUUCGAUUUGAAAAUCCAGGAUCUUUUCCAUAAAGAUGAAAAUGAUAGAUAUGCCAUAAAUAUCGAUGAUAAGUCAAGAGUUGGACCUCUUGUUAGAAAGAAAGGUUCACAAGGUAAUAUUACAUAUAAAGUCUCAUUUUAUCCAACAAUGCCUGUUUUAACAUUAGAAGAACUUCAAGAUGUUGAAAAAAUCCAAUCACGUAAGAAGAAGAUUGAAGAUCGUAAAAAAACCGUUGACGAAAAGAAACUAUCAACAGACGAGAAGCGUAAAUUGCAACAGGAAGAAACUGAAAUUAAAGACAUAGGAAGAAAUGUUUUCAGGCAAGGAAAAGUUGGUAUCUUAACCAACCAAUUAACCAAUUACAAUGCUGGUGUUUUAUCCAUCUCAGUUUUAGAUGGUGAAUUACCACAAACAGGCCUUUACGUUCAAGCUUUCUUCGAUGCAAAUGGGCAUCCUCGUUUUGUCUCCCCACAAAUAUCAUCAAGGAUAAUCAGAACGGGUUGGACAGGUGAUGUUAUGAUCAAAGAAUUACAAGAUUCCGUUACUACCUUCAAAGUGACCAAGAAGAAGUUUUCUAAUAAAGUCGAUAAUAGUAUUUGCCAAGUUUCUAUUUCAACUAUUGAUUUAGUUAAAGAAUGUUAUUAUAAACCAAGCAUCAUUGAUAUUUCAGGUGAAUCGAAUGCCAAGAUUAUGGUUCAAGUUUCAUGGUUCCCAAUUGAUGUUGAUGAAUUACCUCAAGCUGAUUUGAAAUCUAAUUCUGGUGAAUUAACCAUUUUAGCUAAGAGUGCAGAGAAUUUGAUAUCUGCUGAUACAAAUGGAUAUUCAGAUCCAUUUAUCAAAUUUUAUAUUAAUGAUGAAGAUGAUCCUCGUUGGAAAACAAAGAUUGUAAAGAAGACUUUGAAUCCAACUUGGAACGAUUCUGGUACUAUUGAAAUCCAUAAUCGUAUGCAUGAUAGAUUAAUUCUUAAAGUGAUGGAUUGGGAUGCAGCUAGUGGAGAUGAUACUAUUGGUUGGGGUUCAGUACCAUUAAGUAAAGUUGAUCCUGAGGGAACUACGUCGCUCGAUGUAAAAAUUAAAGGUGUCAAUGGGGAAGAUGGUGGUGUUGCACAUUUAGAGUUUACAUAUUCAUCUCGAUAUAUUACUGGUGUAACGAAACGUGAAGCUAAAGUUGGUGAUAUUGCAUCUAAGGGUAUUGGUUCUGGUUUGAAAGCCGGACAGACCGUUGUUAGUACCGGUUUAGGUACAGUUGGUAAGAUAGGAAGAGGUAUAUUUGGUGGUAAAAAGAAUAAACACAAUAACAACUAUAAAUCAGAUGAGGAAAGAGAAGACGAAGAAGAAGAAUAG